UGUAUUUGUCCUUCAAAUUAACUAAUAAAAAAUAUAGAAUAUUUUCUCGUUCCUGCAGACGUUUUGAUGAAAAAGAAUAAAAGGAAAAUAAACUAAGGGCCCCAGGAUCUACCAGGAUUAGCAUUGUAAGCUAUAUCCAAAUUCGCUGGCUUGAAGAAGGCCUGGCCAAGGUCAAGUCAAACUAGGUCAGCCAGUUCAAACCCAAUGGGCGGUUUGCGUCAUCAAUGGAUUUGCGCGUAGCCGUGACGUCACCAAUGGGUUUGCGCGUAGCCGUGACGUCAUCAAUGAAUUUCCGCGUAGGAUACACCUUUUACGCACACUGAACUGACCUACUUUUUAUUGUUGACAUGUGUACACCAUAAAUGUAAACACUGUACUACGGCAUGCAUGCACUCUCUGCACUGGCAACUCAAUCAUCACUAAGUAGUAAAAGCAUCAACAACCUGUGCAGUUUCCCCAAAUCAACGCAAAUUAUCAGGCUAUGUAAGCACAUAAAGUUGACAAAUCUCAUCGUAGAAACAUGCUUUCCCAAAAAUUGGCUAUUGGACUUGGUUCUUUAAUAGCACUGAAACUAUUUGGACUUAGAUCUACCUGGGAUUCGGAGAAAGCGACGGUAGAUAUUAACGUCAUCGCAGCUGCCGAAGAGGACGAAAUGAGUACGAACGUCUACCACAAUGGGGUGCUGUUUGGUAUAUGGGUAGCAGGUGUAGCUAUCUCUAUGGGUCGUCUACUCUCAUACGCCAUCUUUUCGGGAAAGAAAGGAAUUGAUGCAGUAACACAGACCCACGCUGAUAAAAAAGAGGAGGAGCUUAGCCAAGUAUCAGAUGCGAAAGAGGUGAAGGAAAUCAAGGUUAUCAAUCAGGAAUCAUACAUAAAACUUUGUGGCGUGCAACAGGAUAGUGAUGAAUCAUUCAAACUAGUUGAAGAACAUGGAAGCCCACCGAUUGAAAAAGAAACAACACCAAAAGUUUCCAAAGAGGGGAAAGGUGAAGGGUCAAAGAUUGAACCCAUGCAUGAUGAAAAAGAAGAUAAAGAAGUGAGAUCCGAAACCAACAUCUCAGUUUACAAACUUCCAGCGAUUAAGCGCCAUCAUUUCAUGGUUUUUCAAGAUGGAAUGAAGACUUUGAGACAGUCCGUCACUGGAAAAUUCAGUCUUGAGAAGAUCAAUCUGGAUGGCGUCAGGAACUUCAUCUUUAUUGUGGCCAAAGGCACCUUAUCUCAGCUGAGUGAGCUGGAGUCAAAGGUCAAAGCCGACUUCCGCUGGCUGACCCUUGUAAGGGAUCCCUCAGCCGAGCUGACCGGAGCCGCGCUGACUGGAGCCUCGCCCACCAAGGAGCCAAAAUGGGUCCCAAGCGUCAAUGUAGAUACAUUGCAUACCAGCCCCACCAAGCCCAUCACCAGCCCUAGGUCCCCAUCUCUUAGAUCUGGUAUUCCUCGUAAGACACCAAGCCAGAGCAGGCAUCAAAAGUAGACAACAUAAAAGGCACACUAAUGAUUCAAAAGCAUACAUCUGAAGAAUGAGAUGGAAUUAUGAAAGAAUUUUCUGCAAUAU